AUGGCAGCCGGGAUGUACCUGGAGCACUACCUGGAUAGUAUUGAGAACUUACCGUUUGAAUUGCAGAGAAACUUCCAGCUCAUGCGAGAUCUGGACCAGAGGACAGAAGACCUCAAGUCAGAGAUCGAUAAGUUGGCCACAGAGUACAUCAGCAACGCACGGACUUUGUCUUCAGAGGAAAAGCUGGGGCUCCUCAAGCAAAUCCAGGAUGCCUAUGGGAAGUGCAAGGAGUUUGGGGACGACAAGGUCCAGCUGGCCAUGCAGACCUACGAGAUGGUGGACAAGCACAUCCGGCGGCUGGACACGGACCUGGCUCGCUUCGAGGCAGACCUGAAGGAGAAGCAGAUAGAGUCGAGUGACUAUGACAGCUCUUCCAGCAAGGGCAAGAAGAAGGGCCGAGCCCAGAAGGAGAAGAAAGCUGCUCGUGCUCGCUCCAAGGGGAAGAACUCGGAUGAGGAGGCACCCAAAACCGCCCAGAAGAAGCUGAAGCUCGUCCGCACUAGCACGGAGUAUGGGAUGCCCUCAGUCACCUUUGGGAACGUGCACCCUUCAGAUGUGUUGGACAUGCCUGUGGACCCCAAUGAGCCCACUUACUGCCUCUGCCACCAGGUCUCCUAUGGGGAGAUGAUUGGCUGCGACAACCCAGACUGUUCCAUUGAGUGGUUCCAUUUUGCCUGCGUGGGUCUGACAACAAAACCAAGAGGAAAAUGGUUCUGCCCUCGCUGUUCCCAGGAGAGGAAGAAGAAGUAA